GCGAUUUGUAUACAUAUUCUAUCAUUCAUUAUCCAUCUUGAACGAACUGUCUUUGCAAGAAAUCUCGAGUCGUCACUGCUUCCAAGAUGGCAGCUGGAGAGCCUAUUCUGUACAGCUUGUACGUCUACGCUCCCAACAAAGGGGCACCGAUAUUCUUUGCAAUAGCGUACGCCAUCUCAGCCAUCUUCCACAUCUGGCAGUGUUAUCGAUACAAAGCCUUCAAGCUAAUCGGCCUCCAUCCCCUCUGUGCAGUGAUGUUCACAGCCGGCUACGCAUUGCGCGAAUACGGCGCAUACAACUACAUCUACCUCACCACCACGAAACUCCCUCUCAUCAUCUUCGUCCUCAGCCAAGUCUUCAUCUACGUUUGUCCACCCCUCCUCGAACUAGCCAACUACCGCGUCCUCGCCCGCCUCUUCUACUACAUCCCCUACUGCGCGCCCCUCCCGGCGAACAAAAUCCUCACCACAUUCGGCGCUCUGAUGAUGCUCGUCGAAACCCUGAAUUCUCUCGGCGUAGCACUAGCCGCUAACUCCUCCUCAUCUACAACACAGCAAGCGCUCGGAAGUCAUUUAACGAUCGCAGCGCUGUCAAUCCAGUUUGUCGUUAUCAUUAUCUUCGUGUGUCUAGCUUCCAUCUUCCACCUAAGGUGCAAGAGGGAAAGGGUCCAGGUCACGGCGGUGUAUACGUUGUUGUUUACGCUGUAUGUGAGUAUGGCGCUCAUCCUGGUACGGUGUGUAUACCGACUGGUGGAACAUACGGGGAAUACGAAGAUUGAUAUCUCCAACAUCGAUGAAAGGAGGACAUUGAGUUCGAUAGUCAGAUAUGAGGUCUUUUUUUAUAUCUUCGAAGCGACGCUGAUGCUGCUUAACUCGAUAUUGUGGAAUGUCUGGAAUCCGUGCCGGUACUUGGCGCCGGAUAAUAGGGUUUCGCUCGCGAGGGAUGGGUCGGAGCUCAUGGGGACGGAGGACAAGGAUGAGAGGUCUGUGGUGGAGAAGAUGGGGAAUGUGUUGACGUUUGGGAUUUUGUUUCGGCGGAAGAAGGGUGGCAAGCAGGUGAAGGGGAAGGAUGAGAGGUCGUUGCGGGUGCUUGGUCAGGACAAGUGA